AUGGACACACUCCGCCCCUCACAAAGCACUCCCUCCCUCACCAGCUCAGCCUCGUCGUCCAUGCAGUCCCAUGGGCGCGCCUCGCCCCCUUUCGACACCCCAGCCCAGCCAACCCAACCGCGACCCACCCGCAAUGUCGGAACGCCGGCGGACAAGCUCCGAGCUCUCUUGGACUUGAUGAACGGCGAGAUGCGCGCCGCUCGUCCAACACCAUCAUAUCGGCGCGACGACAGGGACGCGACCCCGCGCGCGCGCGAGCCCAGACCCAUCACCAAGGAGGAGAGCGAUGACAGCCUGUCCAGCCCACCCCCGAGGAUACACUAUACGCGUCCGCGCCGCGAGCCGGUCCCUCCAACUCCUCAAGCUCCAGGCCCUCCCCCACCACCUGUUCCAGAAGAAGAGGCGUCGCCACCCCGCCGUUUCGCUGCCCUCCCCAAGCGCGCGAGCCCGCCACCCCGCCUCACUUCGCGCGCUGUCGCGUUACGCGCAGCUGCGGCCGCCGCGGCCGAGCAUGAAGCACAACAAAGUAUCCUUCCCCGUGAGACGCUCGAGAAGAGUGCGCCGACGCCGCUCGAGAACUUUAUCGCGAGCACCGCACCCCCUACGCCAUAUGAAACACGCCAGCGCGCCACGUUAUCCGAGGAGCCGCGUCGCCGAAUGUCCGUGUCCGAGGCGGCGCCGAACGCGCGUCCACGCCCUUCCAUUCCUCCCGAAUCCCCACCGCGCCCACCUCGCUCUCCCUCGCUGUCACCCCCGCCCCGAGUCAUUCCGCUCUACCAGCCCUCCCCUCCCCAGCGCCGCCAGGCCCCUCCCUCCCCAAAGGGCCAGGAGCGCGCGUACAAAGUGGAACUAGAAGAACCCGAGCCGCCAAGACGACGCGAUCGGCGAAUCGCGACGCCACCCAACUCGUCCGCAUCGUUUGCAGCGGGCCUAGACGAGUCGCGCGAGCCCGUGCACGAUCUUGAGGAGACCGAGUGGAGAUGGAGAGACGAGAGCAUCGAGAGCUCGGACUCAAGUGUCCCGAUAGACCUGAACAGAGGCCCGGCAGCGAGGUUAAUCGUUGCCGAAGAGAUGAGCAUGUCGCGCUCGCGCAAGUCUCUGUCCGCCGAGAGCUCGCCCACUGCGUCUCGGACAUUCGCUACAGCUGAGCCAUCAGCCUCUGCAUCGGCGACAUUCGCGACUGCCGAGCGCUCCUCCAGUGCACCCAGGAGCUUUGCAACCGCGCGAUCCCAGACUGCGUCCAUGACGUUUGCGACCGCACAGCGCCUUCCGACCUCCUCGCCUUCGUUUGCGGCCGGGUCUAGACCAUCGCGGGAACUUGGCAGCGUCGAGCAGCCACCCAAGCAACAGCGCAGCUUUGAGCGCUCGCCAAAGGAACCGAGCUUUGAGCACCACCGGAGGAACAGCGCCGAUACGUCGCUACCAGCCGUUCCAGGUCCUGAGAGUUCUGACGAGGAGGAGAACUCUGCGCUCGUCGCUCGGCGAAAAAUGUUCCGUUCCUCCAAGUCUCCUGAACCCCGACCCGGGGAGCCUGUUGGCUCUCGCGCCCGCCGCCUGUCAGCCUCGAAGCGCAGCGAGUCUUCAGCUGACGCGCGGUACGCCGCGCUCAAGGCGUCGAUGGGCGUCGAGACUGAUUCGGACGACAGCAGCAUGGGUCCUGAGCCAUCACGGCAGGACUCGUCACUGCUUGGCUCGCUGUGGAAGGGUCUGCCGUCUGGACUGCGAGACGACUCGUCGCUCGACAUGCGACACCGUCCGACACUGGCGGAGCUGUCGACGAGGUUGGACUCGACGCUUAUGACAUCAGCUAUGCCCCGCGACUCGACGCGUCGGUUCCAGCGGUCGGAUGAGCACGAAUCUAUGCGUCGGUUCGAGGAAUCGGAUGACAACGGCUUUACGCGUCGAUAUGAGAGAGUGGAGGAGCGUGACAUCUCUGUCGCUAGAUCCGACUUUGACGACUUGGGUGGACUGCCACAGAGCUCGCCGCCGCGCCCGUCGCUGAGCCAGUCUCUCCGGAAAUCCCGUGGGAAGCCACUGUUGUCGCUGCGCCAACCUCAGCUCGACUGGCAGGACGAGGAGACAACCGAGCGGCGUCCUGAACCCGAAGGACCAGAAGGCAGCGAGGCCGCGACUGAUGACCUCGAAUGGGGUCCCCAGGGACCAGACACGACAUCCGAUUCUUGGCUCGAGCUCAACGCCGCCGCGGCGCUAAACCCACCAACUCCCGAGACCUCUGGUCCCACCCCACCCUUGGAGUCGCCCGCGCUUGCAGACUCUGACACGCUGCCAGACACGCCGCCACGCCAGCGGCCCGGCAUCCACCGCAGCCUCCUCCGCGCUGCCACCACGCCCGCACCUGCACACGAACCGGUCGCCCCGACGCCACUACGCAGUGCGCUCAAGGGAGGGCGGUUCGAGUCGCGCUUUGCGCCCACCUCGCCUUCAGUGAGAUGGAGUCCGGACGUGUUAGACAACGAGCCUGCAGUUGAGGAGGACGGGGUGGUGGACACCACCACGGAGCCGGAGCAGCAGGAAACACCGUCGACCUCGCCGCCAAGCUCACCGCCGCAGCACCUCAUCACGCCCGAAGCCUUCAGCACCCCUGUCCGCGCACCGGCAGUGAACAACCGCACACCUCGACCACCUGGCGCGUGGGGUACGCCGCUUCCCCCGCCCAGUCUGCCACCGAGCACUCCCCUCCCUGCGCCGCCAAUCUCGGGCCUGCCAGCGCCCUCUCAACAGGGCUUGUUGGCAACACCGCCCCCGACUGGGCCUGCCGCACCUGGACUCCCGACCCCACGACCCCCUGGCGCUUGGUUCUCGCCUGCACGCUACAUUCCCUCGCGCAUGUCGCGGUUGAGAAACGAGGUACGCCUCGACGACAGUGCUAGCUCGACAGGAAGCGAGGUGUCGGUGCACCGCUUGGCGUUCAGCCCGAAGCGGCGGAGAACGGCAGCCGCGUCUCCCAAUCCGGCGCGCGUGCUGCUUCCGGCGGCUCAAGGGCCGCCAGCUGCUGUUGAGCAGGUCACGUCACCGGAGGCGAAAGCUGAAGAGGUGAAGACCAAGCCGGAACCCUCAGAGCCUGCCACGCCAAGACCGCACACACGCUCGCCUGCCACGAACCCUCCAGGCCCCGUCGAGCCCCGAACACCCCACCCGCCCGGCGCGAUGCCGAAAGACGAACCAGAGGACGGAGACACGUCGUGGACAGCUCGCAUAAAACGAGCCUUCACUCCAGGCCCCGUCUCCCCCUCAACCCCCGUGACACCGCGAACAGCGUCACGCACACGCCUCGCUGAAGCGCAGGACGCGCUUGACACGGCCUCGCGGGCGAGUGCGAAAGCGCGCUCACGCGUCUCAGCCGCGCAGGACGCAUGGCGCGCCGCCAUAGCAACUAAAUCCGUACCCGAGCCAGAGCCGGAGCCGGAGCCCGAACCCCUCCCCAUUCCCCAGCGGCGGCGAGGCAUAUGGCUCCUCUGGGUCACGAUCGAGCUGCUCAUGCUGUGGGCCGUGUUCCGCGUCACGCUCGAGUACGCUACAUCAUACUCCUUCCUUGCACGCAGCGACCCGUUCGGACCGUUUGCACCCAGCUAUGCUGUGGGGGUACGGUUGCCUGCCGCCCUCGAGGCGUUUGGGAAACACCCGCCAAGGGGCGUCAGCUUGUUUGAUUUGCUCGAUGCGUUGGGAUUGGGAUUGGGAGGGACGAUAAGACAAUGGGCGCCACCCACGUAG